CUACGAAAAAAAUGACUACCAUUUAAAAAAAAUCACUACUGAAAAAAAAUGAAUACCAUUAAAAAAAACAUACCAUUCCAAUGGAAUUCCUCCUUCCAAUUGCAGAGACCAACUAAGCAAAUUAGUUACAGGAAAUCUCAGUCCUUGAACGACUUGAGCAUGAGGGAGAGAAGGGAGGGUUGCCGAGAGAGGCUGAGCUUGAUGUUUGUCAUCGGGAAGAGGAACGAUGCUCUAUGGGAGGCGGUGGCGGAGACUGUUAAGGAGAUUUCGGAAGCGGUGAUUGAGAAGGACGAGAUGAAGAGGUUGGUGCCGGUGACGGCGGCGGUGAGAUCAGUGAGGUGGAUGCCAGCGGCGGCGAGGACCGGUUCGAUCGAGUUGGGUACGGUGGAGGCGGCGAAGGUCGGAGGACACAACGGCACCGCCGAGAAGAAUAGAUGGUGGGAGGCGGUGGGUUGGGUGGGAGGAGGGUAGAAUUAGGGUUUGUGUAUAUAUAGAAUAAUCCAGUGUGGUCUAUUUUUUGUUUCCAAAAUUAUCCUUGAGCAAUCAUAAUCGUGAGAUUAAAAAAAUAGGAAAAAGAUAAAAAUGGAUGGUGGAUAUUGAUGUAGCCAAGGUGACUACUAGAAAUUUAGUAACCAAGCUAACUCAUCCCAAGUGGAACGGAACGUUCAUGGGUAUAUGGUUUUGAAUUUUGAUAUUAAAAUCUUGUCAAUUAUAGAGCAUGCCACUUUUCCUCUUCCUUUAAUCUGGAUUAUAAUUAAAUCAAUCAAAUCAAUUGUUUCAAUUGAUUCCACUUUCAAUCGAACGAUUUCCUCGAGUGUGGACUAGACAUAUAUGUCGACAUAAUAAUGUUCUUUAUUUAGA